GGACUUACACACCAAGUUAAAGUACUUCAGUUUAACUCUUCAAAGAUGAUGAAGUUUGUGUUGUUCGCUGCUGUGCUGGCGUGCUGCGCCUACAUGUGUGUGGCACAAGUCAGGGGUGGUAUCUACUGCGGCCGACAGCUCUCCGAGACGCUGGCGAACCUGUGCUGGGGCCCCGAGCUCAACAAGCGCAGCUGGUGGGUGCCGCCGGCGGGCGCGCUGGCUGGCAUGCGCGGCAAGCGCGGCCUGGUGGACGAAUGCUGCAGCAAGUCCUGCACUAUAGAUGAACUAAUGAUGUACUGUUAGAUAAGGUGAAACUUUUGAUAUUAUAUUUGACUGAUAUUGGGAUGAUGUAAAUAUAUGAACGUCGUUUAAACUGUACAUAAUUAUUGUUUCAUUUAUGGGUAACCCUAGCUGUAGUUUGGAAAGACAGAUCUUUAAAAUUGCAAGUUCACACAAUAGCAGGUCUAAUCUGUAUUGUCAUAGAAUUUAAAUUGUAUAG